CCAACCUCAACCUUCAUCAUGAUCGUUGUCGGUGACAUCAAUGAGAUCAUUGCCCACAAGAGCCGAAAUGGUAUCUAUGCUUUCUUAAUCAUCAAAGCUUCAGGCUCUCAAUAUAAACAGAGCGUAACGGCUUUGAGUAGCAUCUAAUACCUCACACUACAAUCAUGGAAGCAGAUACCUGUCCCCGGCCGACAGAGCCGACAUAUUUUAAUAGUCUAUCCUUUACGCAAGGUCUUAUAGUUGGGCAGCUGUCUGUGGUUCUGGUACUGGCUGCGUUCAUCAAAUUCUUCAUCUUCGGUGAUCCUCCUUCAGCAGACGUCACAGCUUCGCUACGAGCUACCGAGAGACGCUCAAGAACUCUUGCUCACAAGCGCUCAUUACUAAGUAUAAGGAGCUCAGGAAACCGUCAAGAUAGAUCUCAGGACAGGUCCCUCAGCCGCAAGAAGUCCACUGUCCUCAGGAACCCUCCUGCACUUACCAUUGGAUCGAUCCUGAGUAAGGCAUACUACAAUGUUGACAGCCAUCAGCCUGAAAGUCUCGACUGGUUUAAUGUUCUCAUUGCGCAAACGAUUGCUCAGUUUCGAAGUGAUGCUCAGCAUGACGAUGCUAUUCUUGAUUCACUCACCAAGGCAUUGAACGGGGAUUCAAGGCCGGAUUUUAUUGAUGAGAUUCGGGUCACAGAGUUGAGCCUAGGAGAAGACUUUCCAAUCCUGAGCAAUUGCCGUAUCAUUCCUGUCGACGAAGAUGGAGUUAGCCUUGCUCCUGGAAAGAAGUUUGAUCCGGCCACCGCAGCAAGAGACGGCCAACGUCUUCAGGCACGUAUGGACGUCGACCUGAGCGACAUGCUUACUCUGGCUGUGAGGACAAAACUUAUCCUUAACUAUCCCAAGAAGCUAUCUGCUGUUCUACCUGUGGAACUGGCCGUUUCAGUGAUCAGGUUCAGUGGCACCCUUUCCAUCUCCUUCAUUCCCAGUAACCCCUCUCAAUCGACACCCACGAGGAUGAUCUUCAACUUCCUGGACGACUACAGACUGGACUUUGAAAUUCGAAGCCUUCUCGGUAGUCGCUCAAAACUACACAACGUCCCCAAGAUUGCUCAACUUGUCGAAGCACGCCUUCACCGUUGGUUUGAUGAGCGAGCUGUUGAGCCUCGAUUCCAAGAAAUUGCCCUUCCAAGUCUUUGGCCGAGAAAGAAGAACACAAGAGGUCCCGACGAUGGUUCAACUGAGAGAAGUGAAUCUAUCGGUCGAUCGAGGGGUAAGGAUGUUGGCCGGGAUCACCGAGAAGAGAUACGUGGACGAGGAGGAGACGCAGAGAUUAGAGACCGAGGAGCCGGAGGGACGGUUCGGCAUCGACGAGGGACGAGAAGCAACGAUAGCGAUGACUUCUCGAUGCCAGGAUCAUUGCCCGAUUUCCAGGUAGCGGCCUCAUAAUUAGAAACCUAAUCAGGUUUUGUAAACGAAAUAAAAGCUCUCCUCAUUCCAUCCCGAAACAACUUUCGGUUCUCCCGGACUUAGUAGACCAGAUGACGAUCGAAUUGUGUUGACUUUUCCAUCACCUGAAUACUGUUAUCAUGCACAGA